AUGAGUUAUAUGAUCCUGGACGACAAGAGCAAUUGUACCAUCAUCAUGGAAUUCUUCCUUAUGGAGUUUUCCAGUAUCCGAGAGCUGCAGGUCUUGCAUGCUAUUCUUUUCUUGCUCAUAUACAUUGCAGCUGUAAUGGGAAAUCUCCUCACUAUCACUGCCAUUGUCACUGACCCACAACUUCACUCACCAAUGUAUUUUUUUCUGAGCAACCUUUCCCUGUCAGAUCUUGGCUGCAUCUCAGUCACUCUUCCCAAAUUCAUUGUAAAUUCAUUGACAGGCAAUCAAGCCAUUUCUGUCCUGGGCUGUGCUGCUCAGGUUUUCUUCUUUCUCUUCUUUGCAGCUAUAGAAUUUGCUUUACUUGUGGCGAUGUCCUAUGACCGCUUUGUGGCCAUUUGCCAUCCCUUGCACUAUGGGGUCACCAUGACACCAUUACGCUGUCUUUGGGCCGCAGCUGGUUCAUGGGUUUGUUCGUUCAUCUAUUCAGCUCUACACGCAGGAAACAUGUUCCGUUUGCCUUUCUCGGGAUCCAAUAUGAUCCAUCAGUUUUUUUGUGACAUCCCUCAUGUCUUGAAGGUCUCAUCUCCUGAGGUUCGUGAUACUGAGUAUGUACUACUUGUCGCCAGUUCAGGUUUAGUUUUAAUCUGCUUUGGCUUUUUAAUUGUAUCCUACACUUAUAUCUUCUCCACUGUAUUUAAAAUGCCCUCUGAGGAAGGGCGCUACAAAGCUUUGUCUACCUGUUCACCUCAACUGAUUAUACUGCUCUUAUUCCUUCUUGCUGGCAUGGUCACUAUUUUUGGACCUAUAACAGACACUUCCCCAGUGCAGAAUCUUUUGAUUUCAGUGACUUACACAAUAUUGCCUCCAUUUAUGAAUCCUAUUAUUUAUAGUCUGAGGAACAUGAAAAUCAAGAUUGCAUUGAGUAAGAUAAUCAAAACUACCAUUUUUCCCAAGAAGGAAAUGUGUAAGUUUGAAGCAAUUGUUAAGUAA